GUUCAGUAAGAAUUAGUGACGACGACGGGAGUGACUGACUGGCUUUCAGUCACGUAGCACGUUUGCCAUGGCGUAUGUGUAACAGUUCCUUUAAUCGGCGUGUAGUGUUGCGUUUUAUUGUGAUUUAAUAAUAUUAGUAAGAUAAAUAUUACAAUUCUUUAUACAAGGUUUAUUAUAUGUGUAUGGGAAUAGAUUAAACGGAAAGCAAUUUUUUAUUUUAACAUGAAAAAUCGUAUCGACAAAGAGUAACAUAGCUUUGUGAAUAUUGAUCGACAAAUUGGCGGGAUAUUAUAGUGCGUUUUCCGAUCUUAGAAAAGAUACGACUGAAAUAGCAUCUCCGUGAAAAUAUAUGAUUUCGAAGUCCAGAAGAAGAGUAAAAAGAAUCGCUAUUACUAAUAUCUGACAUUUGCGUGAACAUGAUGUAAUGCAAAUAAACCAACAGUUUACAAAGUUGAUUAAAUCCUGAUGAUAUCCUCCAGAGUAACUUGACGCGAAAAUUUCUUGCCUGUUAUUACAAAAUUAUUGAUAGUGAUUAAAAGCAUUAUUAAUAACCGUCAAUUUCAAAUACAGAUACGGUUUAUAAUUUAAAUAACUCAAAACAUCGAGUUGUCGUUCAUAUAUCAGUGAUCAAUUCUACAAACAAAAUGGGUCUAUUCCGGAAGGUUAAUGACAGAAUACCGAGGAGGGCGAUUUUAGGUGCGAUGAUGUUUUUAGCUUGUAUGUUUUCAUACAUGAUUCGUACAAAUUUGUCCAUUACCAUUGUUGCUAUGGUAAAUGCAACUAGCAAAAGUGGAACAAGUGGUCCAGCAUGUUCUGCUCCCAUCGUCACUAAUAGCAGUAAUAGUACUUAUAAACCUACUAUACUUCCAGACUAUGGCGAACGAUUUGAGUGGAAUCAGCAUAUACAAGGUCUUUUACUUUCUGGCUAUUUUUACGGAGUUAUCCCGGCAAGUGUACCUGCUGGUCUUUUAGCUGAAAGAUAUGGAGGUUCGAAAGUAGUAGCAUUUGCAACGCUAAUACCUGCAGUACUAAACCUUUUGAUGCCUUGGGCUUCUGGUAUACAUUAUGGUUUAGUGUUUGCACUUCGUUUUUUGAUGGGCUUCUUUGGAGCAGCUGUUUAUCCUGCUCUUCAUGCAAUGAUUGCAAGAUGGGUUCCUCCUAGCGAGAAGGGUAUAUUUGUAUGGACGAUGCAAGGUGGACCUUUUGGAACUGUAGUCACGUUUACAUUAUGUGGCCAAAUAAUUAGUGCUUUUGGUUGGAAAGCUGCAUAUUAUGUUACGAGUGUUCUUAUAUUGAUUUUUUAUGCUUUAUGGGUUCUUCUUAUAUAUGAUACCCCUGAUCUUCAUCCAAAUAUCACAGAAAGUGAAAAAGCUCACAUCAAAGAACAAAUAGGUACUUCUGUCUCUAAACAGAAAGUAAAAUUACCAGUGAGAGCUGUUGCUACAUCAGUACCGUUCAUAGUUCUGUUAUGGGCUCAUUUUGCAAACAUGUGGGGUAUAUACUUCAUCGCUACAAACGGACCAAAGUAUACAUUGGAAGUUCUUGGUUUUAAUAUGAAAUCGGGAGGAUCAAUUACAGGAUUACCUUACAUAGCAAGACUUGGCGCUGGUGUACUGUUUGCUGCAGCUGGUGAUUAUGUUCGAAAAAAAAAUAUUCUUACUUUAAAAUGGAUUAGAAAAAUAUUUAUGAUUUUCUCACAUAUGGGUCCUGCGUUUGCUUUGAUUAUAAUGACGUACGUUGGUUGUGAUGCAGUAACUGCAAUCGUUAUGUUAAUAGUAGCACUAACUUUUAAUGGAGCUGCAUGUCAGACCAGUUUACAAAAUCAUCAAGAUCUUGCACCGAAUUUUGCUGGUUCUUUAUAUGGUAUUAUGAACACUUUUGGUAGCUUUGCUGGAUUUAUUAUUCCACCAGUUAUUGGCGUUUUAACAAAUGAAAGGAAUGGAGUAGAAGAAUGGCGUGUUAUGUUCUGGAUUUCAUCAGCUGUUUUUACAUCUGCGACAAUACUCUUUUGGUUAUUUGGUUCAGCGGAAAUUCAACCAUGGAAUGAUUUAAGUCAGCAGAAAGUAGAGACGAUUCCUGAUGAAGAAACACGAAUGACUGACAUACCGACUAAAGAAUCACGUAUGGAAGAAGAAGAAGACAAUGAAUAUAAAGCAUCAUUAUAAUUAAAAAAUUGUAUCUUUAAAGAAGAUAAUACUAUAUUCAUUUUUAUUAAUUUAUUUAAUACAACAUAAACUGCAUUAAUAUAUCUGAUCAUUUCAUAAGCAGUACGAAUAUUACGUUUUCUGAAAAGGAUAAGUCAGCAAUUAUUAAUAAUCAAUACGCUGUCAUUUGCUUGUCAAUUUGUCGAUCUCUCUUUUAAUCAUUUUUUAUUGUAUUAUUACUAACUUUUUGUAAAAUACUCGAUUAUUCCUUCAAUGCUCUAAUGAUACAUUGAAAGUAUGCAUACUUGGCCAAAUAAAUGCUUAUAAUAUAAAUCUUAAAAAUAAGCGUAUUAAAACUAUACAAUUUAGUGUGAUUCAUAUGCAUAUAUAUGUAUGUGAAAAAUUUAUAUAGCAUUAUCUACUUAUAUAUGAUAUCGUCAAUUUAUAUUACAAAUUUUUGUAACAUAUUAGCGAUGCUAAUAUUUUCUGGAACAUUAUAUAUUUACAUGAAUACCUUUAAAGAAUUUCUACUGUAAUUAGUUAGGAGUUGAUUCUUCCGAAAUUGAGAUAAAUUAUUAGUUAAAAAUAUUAAGGACUAAGUACUUGCAGUCACUUGUAGCAAGGAAAAUGGCUAAUUGUUCAAAUAUUCGUACGAUUCGGAGCUUCUAAGGAUAGAUGCCAUGCGUUCCUCAUGAGUUGUUUUGCCAGAAGAUAUUCUCGCUUGUCUCAUAUGGCUAAUUCCUUAGAAAAAAAUGACUAACUAGCGAUUAUUUGACUUUGCUGUUUCAACAUUGCGUCUUUAACUUAUUGUAACGAAUUAAUGAUAUAUGAAAAGUACAAAGCUCUCUGUCCUGAGUGUACAGCAAAUAAUUUUAUAUCCUAAUUAUCUCAAAAGUGAUGUCAUUUUAAAUACAGAAAUAGUUAAAAAUUUUGGAUUUUUUACAUUAGUAGAAUAUUCAAACAUCGUCUAGACUAUCUAUUAAAACAUAAGAAAUACUCGACUACAUUUCUUAAUUUCGUGCCAAAUCGAAUUAGUUUCAAUGUAAGUCAUAGUAUGUACUUAUCAUGAAUACAAUAGUAUCAUAAUCUUAAUACUACUUCCAGCGUUUUGAAUGCAUUGCAUGAAUGAAAUUUUAUUAAUACUAACGUACAACUUGUUAUGUCACGUAUACUAUAUAUUAUUCCUAAACCAUUUAUAUAUUUACUUGUUUGUGAACUUAAUAUCAUUCACAUUGAUCCUAUUCGGUUGGUCGUCCUCCCCAUCUAUCCGCCGCUUCCUGUACCUCUUUUUCAUACAUCAUCGAUAUAUUCGCAGACCUUAACAUUGAGAUCUUUUAACAUCUCUGAUUUCUCUUCGUCUACUCUUCUCGGCUUUAUCGUACCAACUGUAUUAUUCUUUUCCCGUUUCUCGUCGAUGUUUUCUCUUCUAUCGAUCAUUUAUAAAUAGAUUAAACUUGACGUUAAAGACUCUUCCAUUAGACCCUACUACGGGUUGACUAUAUUUAUCGUUCUUUUAUAUAUAAAUGUUCUUCUUAUGUAUAAAUGCUUAUCUCAUCUUAUGCACAUCUUUUUCCUCUUCAGUUUAUUGUUUAUCAACGCGUUGAGUACGAAGGUAUGAUCCCUCGUUCCUGUUUUCGUUGGAAAAGCCGCUUGAUUCUCUCUCAAGAUCCUGCUUCUCUCAUUCACUUUCUUAGCCUUGUAUUCAGCACUGUUCCCAAGCGUUUAUAACACACACAUUAUAAAUAUUGUUUAUAAAACCACAAAUAUAAAAUGUACAGUUGUAAAUAAAAGAAUGAAUAUGUUAGCACCAUGGGAACUCCCAAUAUCAAUAUACAGAAGUAUAUAUGACUUGACUUUAUACAAAAAAACGUAGCAUGAACAAUAUAAUAUAUUUAUAUAAUAUUUAAUUUAUAUAUAAUCUACAAUGUGCGAUAUGGAAAAUUAUAGAAAUAGAUCUUUUUACACAUGUGUGUAUUUCAUUAUAAUUAAUUUAAAAAUCAUAUACAAGAUAUAGCUAUACGUAAUUUGUAUAAUUAUCUUCAUGUUAGGUUUAUGUUACAAUAUCAUGCAAUUACUAAACGUAUUAUAUCAUAUGUAUAUAGUUGCAUUGUGAUGUGCAUAGCUUGCCCUGAGGAUACUUUAAUAAUAGUGUAUGAGCAUUUAUUUUUGUCAAAUAAACGUUCUAAAAGUGUA